GAGAGCUGCGGCACUGACAGCAAUGGCAGUCACGGCUCUGGCGGCGCAGAUGCGGCUCGGCGUGUGGGGCGCGAGGGCCAUGCAAGCCCGAGGCUUCAGCUCCGAACGGUCAAAGGAUCACGACGCCCCCGCGGGCUCGAUCCGGGAGGGCGGAGGGGCCUUCGGAAAGAGAGAGCAGGCUGAAGAGGAACGAUACUUCCGAAAGCGGACUAAAGAACAACUGGCAGCCUUGAAGAAACACCAUGAAGAUGAGAUCUCUCAUCAUGUAAAGGAGAUUGAGCAUCUGCAGAAAGAAAUUGAGCGGCACAAGCAGAGGAUCAAGACACUAAAAGAUCAUGAUGAUGAUUAAGUGCACACAGUUCCCCAUGGAAUGGCUACAUAUCAUUGCCCACUUCUAAACCAAACAUAGUUCUGGUUUAAUUAAUAUCUAACUGUGUGCUGCCAACAGAUUAUAAUAAAUUGUCAUCAAUGUA